AUGCGUGUACCGUCCGCCACUGACGCGCCGUUGAUUGCCUUUGAAUCGGUCCUCUUCUUCCUCUGUUCCUUCCUCCAUCAACACCGCAAGCAAAGAUACACCAUGAACAAUAGGAAGUCCAAGCAUUCGAAGAUCCUGGAAGCCUCUCCCUCUCUCUCUAAGUCGAAGACCAAGCAAGAGGCCAAACCCAAGUCGCUCACACAACUGCACUUCAGCCUAGAUACUACUGUCCUCCGAACAUGCUCGCUCUGUGAUCUGACCUAUACUAAGGGUGCCCCUGACGACGAAAACUUGCAUAAGGCACACUGUAUCCGAGUUCAAAAAGGCAUGGAAUGGGGCAAGGACGAGGAUAAGGAAUGCGCAAAGGCCGGUGUGCGGGAGGUGGCUUGUGGAGUGAAACUGAAGGACGGGAAGAAGGGGAGGAUCGUUUGUUUCAAAGCAGACGUCGGGGGCAAGAUUGGCUCAAAGCUCUCGCUUCUUAUGGAAACAAUCAGCCUGACUCUGUCGUCCCCGCCAUUACCAGAUGAUGUCUUGCGCGUAUCUAAAAUAUAUCUCUUCCUCAUUCCCUCUAUCACUUCGCCCUCACGCGAAAAGAUCAUUGGCUGCGUGAUCGCUCAGCGAAUCUCCACCGCGAUGGCCAUUGUCUCUUUACGCGACUACGCCUCCGACCCACAUAUCCCCCCACCCACCGCAACACUCGUCCCCGUGGAUACGAGCACAGGGCUCUUUUGCGACCCAGCACCUCUUUCCACUCCUCUUGGAAUCCCCCGUCUAUUUGUUCCGUUAGCAUACCGGAGACAAGGCGUCGCGUCGCGUCUCCUCGAUGCUGCCACUGCAACAUUCAUACAUGGGUGUAAGCUCGACCCUCACAAAGGGGAAGUUGCGUUCACUCAGCCGACAGGGUCCGGGAAGGCUGUAAUGGACAGUUGGGGAGCAGGUGGAGUUAGAAUCUAUCAGGAAUGA